AUGGCAUCUGCAAAACUUGUCAGAUUAGCCAAUCACAUGUCCAGCACAAGAAAAAUUCACAGUACUGCCAAUAGAAUGAGCUCAAAUUGGAGAGAUCAUAUGAAAAAGGAGUUAGAAAGUGGACACAGUGGAAAGCAAGAACAAAGUCACCACCCAGUUUGCAUAUACAGGGUUCCAUAUAACAUGAGAAGGGUCGAACCAAAAGCCUACAGACCCAACAACAUCUCCAUUGGUCCCUGUCACCACGGAGCACCCCACUUGAGAAACAUGGAGGCUCUCAAGAAAAGGUUCUUUCGCAGCCUCUUCAACAAUGAUGCAAAUACAGCCAAGCUAGAUCAGGCUUUUAAUUUCCUAGAGGAACAAGAAACCAACGUUCGAAGAUGUUACAACGAGGACAUCAAAUUGAGCAGUGACGAGUUUCUACAAAUGAUGCUAGUUGACGGUUCUUUCAUUGUUCAGCUCUUGAGGGAUCUAUCAGCGAAUGAAUUCGGAAAAGUCCGUUCUCUCAGCCCAUGGAUGUUGCCCAUCAUUCGUCGCGAGAUGAUAAUGCUUGAAAACCAGCUUCCCAUGUUUGUUUUGAGCAAGCUGUUUGAGUUAACUAGUGUUGAUUCUUCUCCUUCGGGACCAAAUAACUGUCUCCAAGAUCUUGCUCUUCGAUUCUUUUAUCCUUUGCUGCAGGUGGAUUCGGAUUAUACACUGGAUACUAAGAAAGUUGGUGAGUUAAGAGGGCUUCACUUCCUCGAUCUUCUUAGGUCAGCCAUUAGGCCAGAUCUUAAGGGAGAAAAACCAAGAGAUUUUCAACCUCACAUGAUUCGUUCUGUAACGGAGCUGAUAGAAGCUGGUGUGAAGAUCAAAGCAGAUGAGAGUAAACAGUUGCUUGACAUAAGUUUUGGGAAGAAAUGGGGUUUUCUUAUAAGACAACUCACUAUUCCUCCUUUGUACAUCAAUGACCACAGAGGCACUGUGUUUCGUAACAUCGUUGCUUUUGAGAACUGUCACAAGGAUUGCAACCCUGAUGUUACAACCUACUUGUUUUUCUUCAACGGACUCAUCAACUCUGCUCGUGAUGUCUCUCUUCUUCAUUACAAAGGGGUGCUUCACCAUUCUCUUGGCAACGAUAACACUGUCUCUGAACUAAUCAACAACGUCACCAAAGAAAUUGUUCGGGACAAAAAUGAGUCCUACUUGUACAAAGUGGUCAAUGGCGCAAACUCGUACUUUGCUUCCUCCUAUGCGAAAAAAAGAGCUUCUUUAGUGCAUCACUAUUUAACCAGCUGGGUGGUGGGGGUUUCAACAAUUGGUGCGUUGUUGGCCCUUUACUUCACUUUCAUUCAAACUGUGUGUUCAUUUGCAGAUUCAAUCGAAGCCUUUAAAAACCAAAGCUUUAGAUCUGCCUUUAUAGAUGUUUUUUGUAUACCAGUUCGUGGCGUUCCUACAAAUGAUAGGGAAAGUGAAAAUAGUAAAACUGAAGAUGCUGCACUACAAAGGUGA